UGAGGAAUGAACGUAUAACCCAAACCCCGUUUCCCUUCGCUGUUAAGAAUAACCCCCGGGCGAAAUCAGCCGUUUAUUAAGGAAUAAAAGGACACGUUCAAGUGGACCCAUAACAGAACCAGAAUGUUAAGAAUUUUCGGUAUUUGUCCCAAGUGUCCCUCAGAACCCCCGUCGCUGCGGCUUCGUCAUCACAACAAUUGAUCAGGUGGGAGGUGACGGCUGCCCUCCGCCUCCUCUGGGAAAAGGCGGUGAAUUUCGCCCUCUUGCGCAUUCUGGACCUUAUAUCGGCGACUGGCAAGUGGACGUGGACGGGGGAAUCGACGGUCGGCAGAAGUAGUAGAUGGUUCGUGGGUUUUAGUCCCGGUGAGCGAGCCUGCAUAGGGGAUGACGAUCUUGUGGCUGGAUUUGCUGUUUUGAGCGAGUGGAUUCCCCCCCCCCCCUUCCUAAUUUCUGGCACGAUGGCGACGCUGUUCGACCAGUAUGAGUCCCAGCAGCAGGGCCUGGGCGGGGGACCGAGCCAGUCCAUCCUCGGGACAACGACCUUCAAGAACCAGAAGCUGGAGGAGGAGGCAGCGAUUUUCCUGAAGGACAGGCAGGUAAACUUCGCACCGCCGCACCCCAUCACCCACCUGGUCGUGUCCAACCGCCACCUGGUUCUGGCCAUGGCCAACAAGACCCUCAUUCGCAUCAACCUCCUCCAGCCCAACUCCUUAGAGGAGGUCGACAUCAGCAAGUUUGCGCUUCAGGCCAAGAUCCACAACAUCUUCCUGGAUCCGCUGGGACAGCACCUCCUCAUCAGUGUCAUCAGCAGGGACGGAAGCACCCCAGUGGACACACUGUACCUACCCCUGCGCACAAACAAGCCCAAGUCAACGGCGAAGCUCAAGGGACACCUCAUAACAUCCAUUGGGUGGAACUGGAAGAACCAAUCGGAGAGCUCGACCGGCCCCAUCCUGGUUGGCACGUCCAAGGGCUUGAUCAUGGAGAUGGAGUUGACCUCGGAUGAGAGAUUCUUCCAGUCAGGUCAUGAGGAAUAUUGCAAACAAGUUUUCGAUCUGAAAAAGGAUGCACCUGUAGCCGUGACAGAGAUAGAGGUGUGCAAUGCUCCCACAGAUGAUCUUCAGUGUCUGGUGUUGUGUGCUACAAAUGACAAGCUCUAUCAGUUUGCAGGGAGACUGAAAUCCAUGGAGGAAAGACCCAUGUACUUGUCUCUGUUUAACAACUACCUUGGCUUACCCCCAAAAUUUCACAUCUUGCCAAGCAGCUGGAAAACUUCAUGGCUUCAGCUCUAUCAGCUGCCAAAUAAGGGGCCUAAGCAUUUUGCAUGGAUGACGGAGGAAGGGGUGUGCACUGGGGAUAUUGUAUGGGGUGGGGGAGCGCAGGAUGACAUGACAGUUAACAAGAAACUUCACACUUACCCAGAAGGUGUUGAUAGCAGUGUCCUCCCAUGUGGAUUGAUUGUAUGUGAAUUUCAUGUGCUUAUUGUGUGGCCUGAUAGGAUACGAGGCUUGUGUAUAUUGAACAAUCAAGUGGUGUUUGAAGGAGUAAUUCCUGAAGAGUGUGGAAAACUAGUUGGCAUUUCUAAAGACCCAAUCAAGGGAACCAUCUGGGUGUAUGCUGAACGCGGAGUCUUCAAGUAUAAGGUUGACCGAGAAGGCCGUAAUGUUUGGCGCAUCUACCUGGACCAGGGGAACUAUGAACUGGCAAAGAAGCAUUGCAAUGCUGACCCUGCUUGCCUGUCUGUUGUGCUCCUCCAGGAGGCUCAGGACCUCUUUCAGAAGAAGGAGUACUUGCAGAGUGCGAUGCUCUUUGCAAAGACUCUAGCAUCUUUUGAAGAGAUUACUCUCAAAUUUGUAGAAGUGGAAGAGGAAGAAGCUCUUAAGAUAUACCUGCAUGAGAAACUUGAUGGGCUAAAGAAGAGUGAGCAGACUCAGGUCACUUUAGUAGUGAUGUGGCUGCUAGAGCUCUACCUCAAGCAGUUAGGGAACUUGCGUGAUGCUGGCAAGAGACACACACAAGAUUAUAACAAUUGCGAUGAACAGCUGAAAACACUCUUCCAUGAUCCCAAAGUACAGCAGUGUGUUAGAAAUAACUCCACAGCCAUUUAUGAAUUGCUCUCCUCCCAUGAUGACCAGGAUAACUAUGUCAAUGUUUGCUUGAUGUUGAAAGAUUAUGAUCGUGUUUUAAGGCACCUCAUGCGUCAUGGAAGGCACAUAGAAGCCCUAAAUGUAAUGACAAACCAAGGUUCUGAGCAGCUGUUUUACCAACACAUUCCGGCACUUCUUCAGGCUAUUCCAAGAGCGGCUGUGGAUGCCUUGAUAGCACAGGGCAGAAGACUGAACCCAAUCAAGCUUCUCCCAAGUCUUGUCCAUUGCCACACUGCCUACGGAAAUGGGGCAGAUGUGCUGCGCUAUCUGGAAUAUUGUGUGGACAAGUUGGAUGUCACUGAUCAGGUGUUGCAUAACUUUUUGAUUACCUUGUAUGCAUCUCAAGCUCCCAAGAAACUACUACCCUACUUCAAACUGCAGGGUGAUGAUAGUCAGAGUGUGUGCUAUGAUGUUAAAUUUGCUUUAAGGGAAUGCAUGUCAGUUGGAGAAGAACAGGCCUGCGUGCACAUUCUAACCACAAUGGGACUGUACCAAGAGGCUGUGGAACUUGCCCUGAGAUUAGACACAAAUCUUGCAAAGGCAACAGCCAAUCGGCCCAAGUAUGAUCAAGACUUGCGCAAGAAGCUCUGGCUCAUGAUUGCUGCCCAUGUUGUCCAGAAAGAACAAGACGUGUCACGUGCCAUGGAAGUGUUGAAGGAGUGUGACCUUAUUAAAAUAGAAGACAUCCUACCAUUCUUCCCAGAUUUUGUAACCAUUGACCAAUUCAAAGAUGCCAUAUGCUCCUCGCUGCAGGAGUAUAACCAGCAUAUUGAAGACCUCAAGACAGAAAUGGAGGAUGCAUCAAAGGCCGCAGAGAACAUCCGCAAAGACAUCCAGAAAUUCAAGCAGAAAUACUCAUACGUCCAUGCGCAGGAUCGCUGUUGUGAGUGCAACUACCCUCUCCUGACAAGGCCCUUCUACCUGUUCCCAUGCUCGCAUAAGUUCCACCAAGACUGCCUCCUGGAUGCUGUCAUGAACUACCUCUCUGAUGUGAAGGCGAAAAAGGUAUCAGAACUCAAGGGGAAACUCCUAGCCAUCUCGAAUGACGAGAGCGGAACAGGAGCAGGAGGCUUAUGGGGUGACAGGGAACAGAUUAGGGCAGAGAUUGACAGCAUCGUUGCUGGGGAGUGCCUCUACUGUGGUGACAAUGUUGUAGCAAAUGUUGACACCCCAUUUAUUAGCGACAAAGAAUGGGAUGCAAUGAUGUUAGAGUGGCAGUGAUUGUCAUCCAUUCUAUCCAUACUAUGUACAUCUUGUAUAAAAUAAUUUUGUUACAUAAAUUACUGAGAGUUGUAUAUUUAAUUCAGUAUGUAUUUGAUUUUGGCACAGAACCAAAGGUGUAAAGCAUGGAAACUGUUAAUUACAUAUAAGGGAACGAAUCACAUAUUCUUGAAGAAAUUUCAUCAUAUUUUCCUUAUGUAAUCAUUAUCCAAGACAUAAUUGAACAUAAAAAUCGAGACCAUAUAUUAAAAGUAUACUUUUGGAGACUUGUAAUUCAAUAAAAGAAAGGAAACUGA